ACCUACCUAUCCUCAAUAUCCAAUCAACCCCAAGGACAAUACUGUCAUUUCACACUCAUAACUCACCUCUCGAUCAUGGCUGCUCCAUCCCCAUGGAGAUGGCGAAUGCAUAACUCAUCACCAAAACAUUCAUCCAUAAUCCCUUCUUCAUCCUUCAAUUCAUCCGUUCAUCCUUACAUCUUCACUCAAACACAACGAUCUUCAUUCACCUGCUUCAUCUUCCUUCACAAUCGACAUCCUUCACCGCCGCCGUGUUGCAUUGUUAGACCUAAUAAUGCUAGAACGAAAGUGUACAACAAGCUUCAGAUCCGUGAAACUUCCGUCACUGAUAAUGAAGUUUCUACAAGUAAAUACGAGCAAUCGUUGAAGAAGAAACAGAAUCUGAACUACAAAUCGGUGUUAUCGAAGCGUUCGUUAUGGCGGAAGUUAGUUUCUGCGUCGACGAAAGUCCGUGGAAUCCUUUUGCUUAACGUCAUUACUUUACUUUAUGCUAGCAACAUACCAGUGUUGAAAGAGGUCGAGACAGUUGUCGACCCUUCAGCUUUUUCCGCCGUGAGAUUUACCAUUGCAGCCAUUCCAUUUCUCCCAUUUGUUUGGAGAGCUCGGGGAGAUGUUCGAGCUCUCAACUCAGGAUUCGAGUUGGGCUUGUGGGCCAGUCUAGGCUAUCUCAUGCAGGCUUUUGGACUGCUGACAUCUGAUGCCGGGCGUGCAUCCGUUAUCACUAUGUUUACCGUAAUUGUGGUUCCGUUAAUUGAUGGUAUGCUAGGAGCCGUGGUUCCUGCGUCUACUUGGUUUGGAGCUCUGAUGUCCAUUGUUGGUGUAGGAAUGAUGGAAUGCAGUGGCUCGCCUCCAUGUGUUGGUGAUUUGUUCAACUUUUUAAGCGCCUUAUUCUUUGGCAUACACAUGCUAAGAACCGAACAUAUAUCAAGAAAAACAGACAAAGCAAACUUCUUGCCGGUCCUUGGAUACGAGGUGUGUGUUGUUGCUUUAUCAUCUAUAAUUUGGCAUUUAAUUGGAUGUGUAAUUGACGGUAACCUAGAGUAUCAUCCAUCAUCUUGGACAUUGGAGAUGUUUGUGAACGAGAUCAUGAAGUUCCCUUGGAUACCCGCUUUAUAUACCGGGGUGUUUUCAACUGGACUAUGCUUGUGGAUUGAGAUGACGUCAAUGCGUGAUGUAUCAGCCACAGAAACCGCAAUUGUUUACGGGUUGGAGCCAGUUUGGGGUGCUGGUUUUGCAUGGUUUUUCCUUGGUGAACGAUGGGGUGUCUCUGGAUGGUUUGGCGCCGCUCUUGUUCUAGGUGGAAGUUUAAUGGUGCAGAUAAUCGGAGCAUCAUCAUCUUCAAGUUCAUCGGUAAAAUGUAAUAUGAAAGAGGUUGUUUCAGAUAGACAAAAUGAGGUUUCUGCAGUUUCACUUGUCUCCACAAAAGAUGUAAAAGAUUUAAUAAUAAAGAAGUAAUUCUAGUUCACAUUUAAAAUCUGAUUUUGGUCUUAAUUUAAGAUCGGGGUGAUGAGUAACAUAUUAAAUAGAUCCAGAAGUGUGUUAAAUUAAGUUUUAACAUGGAAAAGACUGCAUUACCAGUUA